AUGAACCCACCAGAUUAUACAACACCGGUUGAUGAACUUCCCACAUAUAAACCAACUUUACUCUAUUAUGAUAUUGUGCUAUUGAAAAGAGAAUUAAAUUCACCUUUUGAUAUUUCCAAGAAUAGAAAAUGGGAUAUAGCUAUAGUGGAAAUUAAUUCAACUCAAUUAAAUUUAUACAAGAUUAAGAAUCUAAACAAUAUAAAUCAAUAUCUUUGGAAAUUAUUAGAUUAUAAUAAUGAUUGUAUGGAUUCAAUUGAUGAAAAAAGAUCUUUACAACAAAAAAUUAUUAAAACAGAUUCAAAUUUUACAAAUAAAUCAUUAAUGGAAUGUUUACUACUAGGGAAUUCCAAAUCAAUACCAUUAGAUAUCAUCGAACCAUAUAUUGGAACAAGAUUAAAUUCAUAUACUUUACAAAGUUGUAAAAUUGGUUCUGCAACUGAUUAUACCAAGAAAAACUAUACUUUAAGAUUAAGAAUUGAAAUUCAUCAAAUUUUAUUAUCAUUUAUUAAUAUAACAAAAUUUAAUAAAUUUUUCAAUAAUAUUUUGGUUGCAAUUGAUUUAUCAAAACCUUUAGAAUUAAGAUCUGAACCAAAAGAAAAAACUGUUCCUAAUGAAAUGUCAAGAUUUAGAAUUGAAAAUUUUCAAAAUUAUUAUCAAAAAAAUUGUAUUAAUUCAAAUUCAAUAUCAAAUUAUAGAAGAAAUACAAUUAAUUAUACUUCAAUAAUAAAUAGGGAAGAAUUAAUAAUUGAAUCUCAAAAAAACAAACAAAGAUCAAAUUCUUUAAAUGAUCUAACUCAUUCUUCAAUAUCAUCAAAUUCAAUAGAUUCUUUAGUUUUAUUAUCUGAUUCAGAAUCUUUAGAUUCAUCUGGUUCAUCUGGUUCAUCAGAUCCCAAAAUCUCAUUUAAUAACAUCAAAAAUGAAUUCAUUGAUGAAAAUUUAAUCUAUUCAUUAACUUGUAUGAAUUCAUUAGAAGCAAAGAAUGAUUGGAAAGGAAUAAUAAUAAUAUCAGGUAAUCAUAAAUCCCAAAAAUUAUCAAAAUUUCAAAAUAAUGAAAAAGAUUCUGAAUACAAGAAUAAAUUAUUUAUAAAUAAUAAUUCAUUAGAAAAAUUUCAUAAAAUUAUUUCAAAUGAUUCAAUUAAUUCAUGUAAAGAAUUUGUUUUAAUGGAUGUUGGUUUAGUUGAAGGUUAA